AUGAGCACUAAACAACCAUCUCAAAUUAUUUCAAAUCAGAAUGUUCAAGGCAAAACUAAAAAACAACAACAACAACAACAAACAAAAGGAAAUAAAGAUGAAAAACAAAAACAAGGAAAAACAAAAGAAGAAAAAAAAGAAGGUCAACAAAAAGUUGAUGGUGUUCCACAAUUAUCUAAUAAAGAAUUAAAAGCUUUAAAAAAACAACAAAAACAUGAUAAAAAAGUAGCUAAGUUAGGAGAAAAUAUUCAAAAAUCAAAAACAGGAGAAUCUCAAAUUAUUCAACAGGUUGAUGCAAUAGAAUUAAUGUUAGGAACAAAAAAACAAAUGCCAAAUGUUGAAAUUAAUAGUACAAUUCAUCCAUCAUUUGCAAGAUUUGCAUUAGAAUGUUCUGAAUAUAAAUGUGUUGGUAGUACUAUUCGAGCAUUAAGAUUUAUUGAAUGUAUUAUUCAAACAAUAAAAGCAAGUAAAUUAACACAAAGUUCUGAAUGUAUUCCAUUAAUUGAAGAAAAUGUUAAAUUAUUAGAACAUGCACGAACAAUUACUGUUGGAAUGAAUAAUGUUCGUAAGUUUAUUUUUAUGAAGAAUCAAAGUAUUGAAAAUAUUAUUGCAACAGCACAAACAAUUUCAUCUAAUAUUAUUGGAAGUCAAAAAGAAAUUGUAUCAAGUAAAAUUAAUGAAAUUAUAGUGGUUGAUUCAUACAAAUAUGUUAAUGAUGGAUCUGUAAUAUUAACAAUUAAUUAUAGUACAUUAUUAUUAAACAUUUUUAAAACAGCAUUUACUGAUACAAAUAAAUUUAGAGUUAUUGUAGUUGAAACAUCACCUUUUGAAGAAGGAGCAAUCUUUGCACGAGCAUUAAGUGAAAUUGGAAUAGAUACAACAUAUAUUCUUCCAAGUGGACUUCAAGUAGUUUUAGCUUCUGUUAAUAGAAUAUUAUUAUCAGCAAGUUCUAUGGAUGGAAAAGGAUCGUUGUAUACAAGAUCAGGAACGGCAUCAAUCUUAAUUAGUGCAAAAAGUAAACACAUUCCAGUUAUUGUUUGUUGUGAAACAUAUAAAAUGACAGAUGAAAUUAUGAAGAAUGAAGGAGAAAUAUGUAGAAUUGGAAAUGGAAUUACAUUAUAUGAUGAAAUUCCACAUGAUUUUAUUACAGUUGUUGUAACUGAAUUUGGAUGUAUCCCAGCAACUUCUAUUCCAGCUGUAGUGAGAGAAUUACGUUGGGAUUCAAAAGCACUUUCACAGGAAAAAUAUUAA